AUGGCAGAUCUGCCUCCCGAAGAUGGUCCGCAGGAUGAAGAAAUACCCUUGCUGCCGCCGGAGGCACCUCCUCCUCCCGCAUCGGCCAUCUGUGGGACAGCCUUGAUCCUGGUAGUGUUUGUCUUGCUCAUCACGACCGUUGCCUUCGGCGCCCUAUACUUCCGU